CUGUUUCACUUAUUUCAGGUUGUUUGGGUAUCGACAAUACCGCCAAAUCUAAGCUAUUUAGCUCACCUUCUCAGCCAUGUUCCGGAAGCCAAAGUCUCAACUACUCCAAAAGCAUCCAGAAAAUCUACUUCCACCGUCGCCACGACUAGCACAACAGCUUCUACGACAUUGUCGACGAGCCAGGCAAUUCCUGCUAUCACGCAAGUACAAAAUGAAGAAUCUUCGCUCAUUGUGGGUGCUUCCAUGCAUCCAGCAUCCGGAACCUCUACCAUCUCUCAUCCCAUCACCGUUUUGGGUACCCAUUCGAGCAUAGAAACGCCUACACAACAUCUGCAUCGGAUCAACUCAGCAGCCUGUGGCCCUCAAACGUGCUUGUUCUCUGCUCUCUCCCCCUCGGUAUCUCCACAAACAGGCAUCGAUAGGCCUCCAUCUACUCCUCUUAUUCUCUUGCAAGCUAAUCCGGCCGGUUCAGCAGGCGAGGCCAACCUCAAAGUGCCCAUCGGUCUCACAACCCUAGUUUAUGCUGCACCACACUCAGUUGCCAAUGCUGGAGGCUUUCGAACUAACCAGGAAUCGAGCGCUGUCAACGCUUCGAGUCCCGCGCCGGGACUCUCGCUUGCCGACUGCUACUCGCUGACUUCUCUGUCUUCUCCACUACAAACCGGAACUUAUGAAAAGAGUUCUAUCUGGCCAUCAGUAGAGGGUGGACGCCAUAUGCCAACAAAUAGCCACCAAUACCUCCCGUUUCUAAUGACGGCUAGCUCACUGCCACGUUGGUCUGAUGACAGUAGCCAACAUGCUGCACCCGUCCAACUCCCGUUACUUUUGUCGCCCAGCCAAAACACAAUCAGUCGACAGUCUCUUUCAGUACGACACGGAACAGGAACCACUUUAGUUCCAGAGAAUAGCCUGGCUACCGAUGGAUGCAUGGUUAUGCCAGGUAAGGUCACUUUGGUUAGCUUGACCACAGAAGUCGCCGCAGACACUCCUAUUCCAACAACCAUAAAUAUGUCAAUAGGGUCCAGAUCCGAGUCCAAUUCUACCACACCCUCCCCAGCCCAGUCUAGCCAACAGUACCAUCAGCUUAUAAGACUUACUGGCUCGACUCGUCUGCAUAGAGAAUUGGAGCCUGGUGACGUUUUUCUAUCGAGAGAGCCUCAGAUAAGGCUAAAUCCAUUGAAUACAGGACAGUACGCCACACUUACAUCGAUCCCGAUGAGUAAGGCUCUGCAAAGUAAAGGUCCUCUCAAUCUAUAA